UGAGACUGGAGCAGCUUCUUUAUUCUGGUUUGAGGCUAUGGAGGUAGAUAGUGUCAGCAAUGAACUUCAGCAUGAAGAAGAAUACGUAUUGCUUGAUCUUGAUUCAGUAUCCUCGCAGUUUGAAAUACCAGAAAACGCACCAUAUGUUCUUUCCGGUUUAGACACAAUGCAUCCAGUACUGAUUAUAGAUGACAAACUGAAGUUGGUUGGAGAAUGGGAAGAAACUAUUGGAACAUGCCUUAUUUUCAGAGAAGGUUCUAGUCCCGUAAGUCAUGAAGAAACAGGACCAUCGGAAGCAAACCUUUUUGCCGGCAAAUGCAUAGUUGAUCAAAACGUAUAUCAGUGCAAGCAAGUAAAUCCACUUGGCUGUGCAUAUAGAAGAUUAAAAUUUAGAUUGGCACCAGAUUGUGACUCUCAUGGUUCUGCAUCCAUAGAGGCUGAGAAAGUUUGAAGAAGUUUUUGCAGCACCCUGAAGAUCAGAAUAUCCUAAUGGUACAUGAGGUAGAAAUCAAGACAUUGCUGUUACUAGCUCAUUUCAAAAUGUUGAUGUUACUAACUAAUUUGCUUCAUUGCUCUAGUAAAAACAAAUUCUAAAGAUACUCUUUAUUUCAAGGUACUGAGAAAGUAAGGUUCUAUUUUCUUUGAAGUAAUAUGGUAAAGAUCGGUAGAACUGAAUUCAAGUACUCACUAAUUAUUGUCGUUCGGACUUGUAGCAAGUUAUGUGUGUCGCAGUUUGGGAGUUUGUGAUCGGAUAUAGGACUAGGAAAGGAUUUCAAUCUUCAUGACUUCAUGUCGCCAAGGUAUCUUGUUGUGGAAUUACAAUGGAUUUUUUUUAAUCUUUUCCCUUCUAGAUCACGGAUCAGAGAAUUACAGGUUAGUGCCACGUUAUCAACUACAGAGUUGAUAACAUACAACAUUAUAUGUAUGUUGAACUCAUAUGCAAAGUGGUUCUGUACUAACCGCAGAAUAGGUUUGUGCAGACUUGUUUUGUUAGUUGUUACAUUAUUCUAAGCUAAGGUCUUCUGGUUUUCAGAGCUUGCUGCAAUCUAGCUACAAGUAUUCGUCCUCAUUUUGUUCAAGUUCCAUGCGAAGUUUGUUGUCAUUCUGUUUGGAUUAGUCUUCGGCUAUCAUAUGUCAAGUGGUUGUCUAUUAACUACCCAGUAGGCUUGUGCAGGCUUGUUCAGUUACUGUAUUCUUUUAAUUUUCAGUGUGCUUCAACCUAUAGAUCAAGGUCCUUAGAGCUUGAUGGUAGAUUUAGGAUGAACAAAACCAUAACCUUGUGAUAUAAGCACUAAAGCUCUUCUAUAUCUGAAAGAACUUUGAAUCUGGACGUGACAGAGGGUUUGCUCCAUUAAUUGUAGAAAUUGUGUUCCAAUGAACAUUUAAGUCAGAUGUGGAGAAUCUAGGCCUUGGUACGUAUUGAGAAACUUUGGUGA